AUGGCUCAAAUGGAACCACCGCGUGGGGUACGCCCUGGAGACCUGUUGCUUGUUGUUCAUGACUUCGAUGCGCGGGGAGCGGACGAACUCACUUUGCGUCGUGGCGACAAGGUCGAACUGGUGGAGCUAGAUGAAGGGUUUGGGGAUGGAUGGUAUCUUGGGAAGCACAUGGCGAAUGGCACAACGGGCCUUUUCCCUGGAAUCUACACAACCCCGGCACCGAAGAUAAGCAUCCGCAAGGUCAUGACUGAGCCUGCUCCAUCUAUCAUUUCCACUGCAGACAGUACAGAAGACGCAAGCCCGAGCUCGACUGUGGGCACUGCAGACGAUGAAGAAAGCCGCCCGGGGUCUGGCAAUGCAGAUAUGACUCCUCAGGGGUCCCGACACGCGAGUACUUCAGGGAUACUGGCCUCCUCUCUGGAGUUCCCCGCGGCUGCUCAAUCCCCAAAGCAAUCAAAAAGAUCCAGCUCUUCUCCACUGCCGUCCACGAAUUCUCUAGCCGUCGGAAUCCAGAGGACGAUCAGGGAUUCGCUGCAUAGCCCAUUCAACGGAGAGGACAGUCCUGUGAUGAACGAAACGUUGAGUGUGAUCGACGAGCAUAUAACCGACCUCAGUACGCCUCGCCAUAGUGUUGCUGGCCAGGAGCUGAAACCCGUCAACGAUUCUGGAAGCGAAUACAGCAGCCACAUCGGCCACCGGCUAUCUUAUAUCCACGGCCAUGAGACCGAUGAGGAAGAGGAAAGUCAGCCUACUGAGGAACAGGUGCGAAAAUGGAGCCACAUCGAAACUGCUAAGCAGCUACGGAAUAUUGGUGUCGAGCAGAAGCACUGUGAUAUUUUCCAAGAACAGGAGAUCACCGGUGAUGUCUUGUUGGAAAUGGACCAAGAGUUCUUGUUUAUGAAGGAGUUCGACUUCGGUGUUAUGGGCAGACGACUAAAGACAUGGCACAAAAUCAAAGCCUUCCAGGAAGAGAUCAAGGGAUUCGGACAGCCUCGAGGGUCAGUGUCGAGCUACUCCGGCCGCGAUGCCUCUCCCGAACGCGCCAUGAGUCGGGCAGGCAAUGGAACUUUCCUCCCACGCAUUCCUAGUUUGUCUGAGAAAACCUCAAGCUACCAUCAAGCGCGAAGUUCCACCCCCGUGCAGUCGAGACAGAGCCAGCGGAGCAAUCCGCCAUCUCCGUUGACGUCCUUUGCGAGACCGUCCGCAGCGUCGAUUCGGGAUAUCAACCACACCCGCCGUCACUCCUCAAUCGACACGACAGGAUCCCCUGUGUUUCAGGAUCAGCCACAUCGUAAACAACCUUCUUUCGACCGGGGCUGGACAAUGUCGACGGCCGCACAAGGACUCUCCCGUCCGGGAACCUCCGUCGGCCCAUCAAAUGAGAAACAGCCUCCGCAGGCUCUUCAUGGCGCGGAUUCGCGAGAAUUCGAUUCUGGGAUCUCGAUUGCUGCCCGUUUCGACGAGCUAGACCGCGGAUACUUUUCUGGAGGUGAAGUUGAAUCGCGCAGAGGCCGUAGAGUCUUGCAGAAGCGAGGGUCGAUGGUGGAGAGCAUCGCUCAUUCCCGGAAAUCCAGCUAUAAUGAAGAAUCCCUUCGGAAGAGCCCGAUGAACAAGCGACAUUCUCGUUUCAGUAGCGCAGAGUCGAUCAGGGAUAUGCUACAUGUUUCCUCGGCUGCCAAAGUUUAUCACAGUGGCUCCAUCAAAGGUCGCUUCAGGAGCUCGAGCGGUCGCUUUUCUGAAAAACAGAGCCAAAGCUCCAACUCGACCACUCCCAUUGUGACUAACCUGGCAGAGAAGCCGGCUCCCAGUUCUGGAUUCUUCUCUGCGUUCUCUCCUCUAUCGGGUAGAACCGACGGCGACAACUCCAGCCGCUCUUCUUCUUCUAUGCCGUUUCAACAGAUCAAGGGUGUCGGGCCUAAGUUCCGUCGUGCUGUAGGCCUUCGCGCAGCAUCGGACGCCUCAACAAGUAACGGAAAGACUCCAAAUAUUCCCGAUACGCCAACGUCUCCGGUCAAGGAAUCGAGCCUGUCAACCGCAAGAACGGGAUCAACGACCCCGUCUGCAACGUCCAAGAGUUCUGAGCGCCAGAGCACUGACGGUUCUGGCAAGACAGGCGAUGCCCUCCUCAUACCUCGACCAAGAACCUCGACCAAGGCCGCACCUAAGUCGAAGAAGGACACAAGCGCUUACAUACGUGGACUUGAAAAGAAGACGCCCCAGGAGCAGAUGUUGAAUUGUGAGUUUAGCGGGUGGAUGAAGAAGAAGUCGUCCCAUCUGAUGACUACGUGGAAGCCGCGUCUCUUUGUCUUGCGCGGCCGUCGCCUCUCUUAUUACUACUCAGAGGAUGAUACGGAGGAACGGGGGCUCAUUGACAUCACGGGUCACCGUGUUCUCCGUGCAGAUUCAGAACCACUUACUGCGCUCCAUGCGACUAUUACCGGUGCGAACGCAUCUCCGGUUCCGGGAACUGGCUCCGGCUCUGUCGACCUGGGUGUGUCCGACCAAGCAAGUUCUUCCGACAUCACAUCUCGCUCCAAGUUAGGAGCUGAUGGCCCCUUCAUCUUCAAAUUGGUGCCGCCGAAGAUGUCCCGCUCUGUGCAGUUCACCAAGCCUGCAAUCCAUUAUUUCCAGGUGGAUAGCAUCAAGCAGGGGCGAUUGUGGAUGGCUGCCUUGAUGAAAGCAACCAUCGAACGAGACCCGAAUUUGCCGGUUGAAAUGACAAACAAGCAAAAGACCAUCAGUCUGAAGCAAGCUCGUCUCUUGAACCAGCGUCCUCCGCUGCCCGGGCUGACUGAGCAAGGAAAGGAAACUGCUAAGGAAACUACCGAUUCUUCUAAGGAUGAAGACAAAGGGUUAAUGAUACACGGUCUCAGUUUUGAGAAGUCUCUGGACGGUGAGAAAAGCGAUGGCGAGAAACCACAGUUUAGCAGUCUUGCGAAAAUCGAUACCGGUCCCAGUUCCCUGCUUCCAGAAUCCCUUGCCGAUGAUGGGACUCUUCAAUGUUCAAAUUCGUGCCUCGUUAACCACAUUCCUUUCUCUAUGUUUCUCCGCACCCUCCUGUCCCGGGUCCUCGUCAUUCUGCUACCGCUAUCAAUAGCGUCCACCAUAUACCUCUACCUUUACCCAAUAUUUCAUGGCUGCGCGUUUCCACUCCCCAGUCGCGACGCGCGACAGUCUUCGCUCUGGUCGAAUGGCUUCGUGAACACACUCCUGCAGCAUAUCGUGCCCGAUCACGCGACAACUGAGGCACCCGCUGUGUUUCGUCUACUAGUCCUCGCGGACCCCCAACUCGAAGGCGACAGUUCGUUACCAAGUCCAGAAGAUGAAUUCGUACCGCGCCUCAUACGACAUUGGGAUACUAUCAAGGAAACAGCAGUGGGAAAUGUGUCAUUAGACCCAGAGUCGGAAUCGGACCCGGUGACCGUGAUUGAAGCGGUUCAAUCUGCAUUACGCACGAUUAUCUGGGAGGAUAUACCAGAUUCGUUGCGCGCCGCGAGGAAACGUCUAGAUCUCUUUGGAAACGAUUAUUACCUCGCGCAUAUCUACCGGACGCUGCAUUGGUGGAGUCGUCCGACGCACGUCACGGUUCUUGGAGAUCUGAUCGGAAGCCAAUGGGUGACGGAUGAAGAGUUUGAGAUGCGCGGAUGGAGAUAUUGGAAUCGAGUCUUUGCCGGUGGGGAGAGGGUCGAUGAUGAAAUUACAAUCACGGGCCAGAAGGGAUAUAAUAAUGAUAAGAAUAACCUACAGGAGGCAGCAGCAGAAGAAGGACAGCAGCAACAACAACAACAACCGCAAUUGGAGACUUUAGAGAGGUAUAAUUCGAGCUGGGAGCGCAAGAUCAUCAACAUUGCUGGGAAUCACGAUAUCGGAUAUGCUGGAGAUGUGAGCGAAGCGCGACUUGAGCGAUUUGAGCGCGUCUUCGGUCGUGCCAACUGGGACAUACGAUUCCAGCACCCACUCGACGGUGUAGAUGCUAUUACUACAAAUCAUUCCUCCACGACGACGAAAAUACCUACACUGCACAUUAUCAACUUGAACGAUCUCACCUUGGACGUGCCGGCGUUGUCGCAGGAGAUCCAAAGCCAAAGUUAUGAUUAUAUCAACGAUGUCAUCUCACACCGUUCAUACCCAGUCGGAGACGAGAGUUCAUUUACUCUCCUUCUGACACAUGUCCCAUUGCAUAAAAGGGAAGGUAUAUGCACCGACGCGCCGUAUUUCUCUUUCCACGAGUCCGACGACGAAGACGGAGACGACGGUGUCCCGCGAUACAGGGAAGGCGGGCUGAAGGAGCAGAAUCAUCUCAGCGAUCACGCCAGCGCCAGCGCCAUUCUCCAAGGCAUCUUCGGGAUGAGCGGUGAUAGUAACGUCCCUGCCGGGGGCCGAGGACGCAAUGGGGUAAUCUUAAAUGGCCAUGACCACACUGGAUGUGACGUGGUUCAUUUCGUGAAUCGAUCCAUUGAGAUAGAUACCAAGGCCGACGAAGGAGAAGAGAAAGGAGAAGAAUCAACCGCCUCGACUCUAUCCUGGAAGUGGGACGCUAUACGAUAUGAGAAGUCUGCCAGUAUUCUCGAAGACCAGGAAACUCCAUCCGUGCGCGAAGUGACGCUCCGCGCCAUGAUGGGUGAAUAUGGCGGUAAUGCAGGUCUGCUCUCGGUAUGGUUUGAUUUCGAUCCCGCGGUCAAUGAAUGGAAGUACGAUAUCGUUAUGUGCAAAGCUGGCGUACAGCACAUCUGGUGGGCAGUCCAUGGCGUUGGGAUUGCAACUUUGGUCAUUCUGUUCAUUUGGAUGCUACUCGGCCUCAUUGAGGGUAUGUUGCCUGCUCGUUCAGACCAGAAAGCCAAGAGCCAGACUGCUAUGAACGAUGCAAAACAUGUACAAGAUGGGUCACUGAAAUGCGUGCAAGAGGGGAAAAGGAAAUGA